UCUAUAUAUAAUUUCAAAUAUUAUUUUUUAAAAAUGACCAGUAUAUUUAGAUCACAACAUAGAUUUCAGAUAUUAUUUUAAGUGGUAAAGUUAUGAUUGAUAAUUACAUAUACACACAUUUUCACACGGUUUGUCACAAGCUGGGACUUGCUGUAUUGUCUGGUUCGUGUUGAACUGGGACAUGCUCAUUUUGGAAGUUUGUACUGGAGGAACAAUUGAAACUCCGUGAUGGAUAACAGUCCAAGCACACCAGUCACGUGACACUGACUCAUUGACGCCACCUGCUGGUUAGCUGUGGGUGCAUCACCUGCCAAGGGGACAAGCCUUCAUGUUUAGGUCUGUGGAUGAACCAUGUGGGUGCAGUCAGUGCAUGACUACUCAAACUACGGGCUGCAUUCCCAAAAAUCACUGCUACAAAAUAACACCCACGCAAAAAAACAAAGCCAGAAAUAAACAGCUCCGAUAUUUCACUUAGAGGGCGAUUUCUUUUUUUAUUAUUAUUUUUUUCUUUUUCGUUUUGUGUGUUUUCAUUUCGAAAAGUAAAUAACAUGUGCUCCCUCUGAGGGUGUGCUGCCUUGCGUGACUCACAUUCCCUCUGAACUGUAGUAGGUCAGCCCUGAGUUCUGUAGCAUUUCAUUAGAACCGGAACACCUUGCAUGUGUCACACAGACCCCCUGUUCUGAACACCCACUACUGGAGCCAAAUGCACCAGGAACAUCAAGGCUUCGUGAAGCACCGACACAGAAACCCAAUCCUAAAACCACCAACCCUUAACUUAAUCCUAACAACUAUCACACUGCAAAAUGGCUAUUGAGCCCCCAGCCCUUAAUAGAAAGUUUCCCAUAGUAAAAGCACAGCAAAGUGUGAUAAGCCCAUGAACGCUUGUUAAAGCAUGGUGCAAUGAAUUGGCAUCUCAGCCCUUUCAAUUGAAUGGUGAGGCGAGGGCUGGACGUGAACCGUACGGUUCACACGAGAGAGACAUGCCAUUCAACUAAAGAGCAAGCUGUGUAGUCUAGAGUACAGCAAGUACGGGUCUCCUGCUGAGCAGCCACGAAGAGGAGACUCGUUACAGUAAGUAAACGUAAACCCUGAGCGGUAUGGUGAAGCAUAUUAAAAAACAAAACCUUGUAAACACUGAGCAGCACUACCAUGUUAAACAUGUGUGCAUUAAACGUUUUCUCUUAAAAAUUAGACCCCCCACCCCCAAAUACUGCAGCAAUACCCUGAAUUGCACAACUAUAACCACAAAUUCAUUGUGGUCUCUGACUACAACAAUACCCUUUCCUCCUCAAGUAAUGUUCUCUUUUUAAGCUUCACUAGUCCUACACCCCAGAUCAGAAUUCCCAUUGCAGAUGGCGCAGAGAGUGUUAUCUUGUAAGUAUUGAAGAUAGCUUUCAACACCAAGGGGAUGCUGCAGUUUCAAUCUGUGUUGGAGUCUGGCUCAAUCCGGGUGAAAACCCACAUCCUGAGGUGGGUCGCUGGGACCUGGGUAUACCCUGGUACGUGGUUUCACACUCCGCGGGACUCUACCCUGGGUAGAAGUGCCAGUAUGAAAGGGGUUUAGGUUGGGCUCUUAGCUGGCUCUCAGUUAGGCACUUUGCGCACUCAGAAAGAUCAACACUGCUGAUUUGCAUUCGUUUGAUAAAGAUCUGUCAUUGUGAAAAAACCUAGCGCCGGUUCCUUUUCCUUCCUUUUUCUUUCUUAAAUAACACUUUCACAGGCUGGUGCUCUUGCAUAUCAGUAACAGCAUUAAAAAUGAGUUGUUUUUUUUUUUGUCUUUCUCCUGCCCACAUUUUCCCAGACAGAACGUCCUGACUGUUCCAGUGGAGCUCACCAGCCUGUCUCUUCGGUGUCGCUUGCUGUGGUCCAGUUAUAUCUCUCAGGACCUAUGCUCGCCACUUUAUUGACUAUUUCCAACUCCAACCUGCACAAGCUGUUGUUUGCAGUCAUAAAACUAGUGCUGGUUUUCCUGGUCAUCUGGCUGGCAGCUUUCAGCAUGGACACCACCAAGCGGCCCCACAGAGCCACGCACACGCUGAGGGUCCUGCUGUGGCACUGGCCCUUCGGGAAAAGCUCCAACCUGAGCGGGGACGUCUGCUUGGACCUCUACAACAUCCGACACUGCACUCUGACCGACGACCGCUCCCUCUUCAACCAGUCCCAUGUGGUUGUAUUCCACCACCGGGAGAUCCAGAGGAAGGUCUCAGUCCUGCCCACCUGGGAGCGUAGACCCUCGGGGCAGAUGUGGGUCUGGAUGUCCCUGGAGUCCCCGAGUGGCAACAAAAACGUGAAGGAGCUCAACGGCCUAUUCAACUGGACCCUGAGCUACAGGAGGGAUGCGGACAUCUCCGUGCCAUAUGGGGAGCUGGUCUCCGGCCGCUGGGCUCACCACCCCAGACCCAAGACCGGACUAGCCACCUGGGUGGUCAGCAACAAGAAGAGGACGCAGCUGAGGAGCCUGGUGUACGCCAGCCUGCGCAACCACCUGAGAGUGGACGUCUUCGGGAAAUCCAACCACCGGCCGCUGUGCCCGGACUGCCUCCUACCCACCAUCUCCAACUACAGCUUCUACCUGGCCUUUGAGAACUCGGUGUACCAGGACUACAUCACAGAGAAGCUCUGGAGGAACGCCUUCAUGGCCGGGGCAGUGCCAGUGGUGCUCGGCCCUCCCAGGUCUAACUACGAGGAGUUCCUGCCCCCGGAUUCGUUCAUCCACGUGGAUGACUUCCACUCCACCAAAGAGCUGGCUGGUUACCUCAAGGAGGUGGCGGGCAACGAGAGUCGAUAUCAACGCUAUUUCGAGUGGAGGAAGACGGCCACCGUGAAGCUGUACACAGACUGGAGGGAGCGGCUUUGUACCAUCUGCACCAAGUAUGACUGGCUCCCCAAAACUAAAGCUUAUCACGAUCUGGAGGCUUGGCUUCACAGGGAACUUUUAUAAGGGCAGUGAGAGGGUCCAGUCCCCCUGCCUGCCAGAGGGUCCAGUCCCCCUGCCUGCGAGAGGGUCCAGUCCCCCUGCCUGCGAGAGGGUCCAGUCUCCCUGCCUGCGAGAGGGUCCAGUCCCCCUGCCUGCGAGAGGGUCCUGUCCUCAGGCUUCUGUUGAUGUUAGAAGAUUCCGUCACUCCUAAUCCCACUCUGGAUAACAAUAUCCUUGCUGUCUGCUCCCUUUGGGAAUCAACCAGCUUCAAGCAGAUAAGCAGAGGUGGCCUUCCCUCCCCAAUUAAAAGGGACCAGGGACACAAGUGGGGGGGGGGGGGUGCUGACAAAGACAUCAAACUAGACCUACCAGGGCUUGGAGCUUGGAGCUGAAGCCCCCCAGGCUCAAUUCUCAUGCAAAGCCAGGUCCUUGGGAAGGGAUGAAUGGGAGUUCAGUGGAGGACAUGCAGAUUGUCCAGGGCUAAUUGGAAAAGCAGCCAGAAGUCUUUGACCGUGUUCCCCCUCUCAGUGUAGCUCUUUCACAGUGAAAAGGGACGAGGUCAGUGUGACGGCUAAACAAGCCCCUAUCUGCACAUUUCAGACUGAAGUGUAAAAUACAACAAAGACGACGCAUGGCAGCAGGGUUAAUGUGACUGGUGCUAACACAUGCUCAUUUUAAAACCAUGCCUAACACUCCUCUAGUUUCCCAGUCAGUUGCAGCGUUUCCAACGUUGUGUUUCUCAUCUCAAUCGAGGCUCCGAACACCAGCGCACUUUACAGCAGUAACGCUACUUGUGUUGAGGUCUCUGUGAUUCAUAGGGGUCUCUGCAGAGAAAGGG